UUUUUUUUUUUUUUUUUUUUUUGCUAUUCUCACCAAUCACAUUUAAUAUGCCUACAACGACCAGCCUACUAGAAUGCAACGAAAUAUCGAUCCAGCAACGUGAUGGACUCACCAAUGUGCAUCCACAAUAACACGUUUACUACCUGCUAUAGAUAGUUUUGUGUUAAUUCUUACAUGCUUUUAGUGUAUCACUCAGUCAUUCAGUACGGAAUGACUGCCACCAGACUGCAGGAGUAACAUUCGUUGUUCCCUCUGAAAUCUACUACUGUUCUAUGAAUGCACCGACGCCAAUGACAAAAUACACUAACUAUAACCUUUUCCAAUGUGAUAUUAAACGACUGUCGUCUGGCUGUCACCAGGGCAAGCGCUGUGGGGGGUGCAACGAGAUCAUUCGAGAGAAAUUCCUCUUGAAAGUAGACGACCAAUAUUGGCACGUGAGCUGUCUCCGCUGUUGUGUUUGUAAUCUUGCCCUGGAAGAGCAACAAUCGUGUUAUUUAAAACACGACAAUAUAUAUUGUGAGUUCGACUAUACCAAGGAAUUUGGUGUCAAAUGCCCAAAAUGUUUACGGGUGAUCUUUGCCAAAGACUGGGUCCGGAAAGCGCGAGAGUUCACAUAUCAUAUUGCAUGCUUUGCAUGCGACAGCUGCAAACGUCAACUAUCAACGGGAGAGGAAUUCGCCCUUCGUGGCGACCGUUUGUUAUGCAAACCACACUACAUAGAUCUCAUCGAGGGCGGUCCUGGUAGAGAGAGCGCCAGUAGUCAAAAGCCGAAGGCAAAACGCGUGCGAACAACUUUUACCGAAGAACAGCUACAGUUUCUACAAGCAAAAUUUCAACUGGACAGUAACCCUGAUGGUAACGAUUUGGAGCAGAUAGCAGCCCAAGCAGGCCUCAGUAAGCGAGUCACACAGGUGUGGUUUCAGAACAGCCGGGCGCGGCAGAAAAAGUAUCAGCAACAACGAAAUAAAAUCAAUGGGAGCUCACGGACUCUUUCCCCUCCAACGGGAGUUAACUCUACUCAAGUUGGAAUGAUUGAUCAUUGGCUCUUGGGGACCCUCCAAGAAUGCAGAGGUGGCAUGGCUGGAUGA